UUAUUCAGGAAGCUAGGUGCGUCGUCAAGCCACUACAAGUCGUCCAUUUCUAUUUCAUCCUCAAAGAUGUCUCACAGGAAGUUCAGUGCGCCUCGUCAUGGCUCUAUGGGUUUCUACCCGAAAAAGAGGUCGCAGAGGCAUCGUGGUAAGGUUAAGGCCUUCCCCAAGGAUGACCCAUCCAAGCCAGUUCACCUAACUGCUUUCAUCGGGUACAAAGCCGGUAUGACCCACGUGGUCCGCGAGGCAGAUCGUCCUGGUUCAAAGAUCAACAAGAAGGAAAUUGUGGAGGCAGUCACCAUUCUGGAAACCCCAAUGGUUGUUGUCGGUGUUGUUGGUUACAUCGAAACCCCUCAUGGUUUGCGCGCGUUGGCAACCGUUUGGGCCGAGCAUCUUUCCGAAGACUGCCGUCGUCGCUUCUACAAGAACUGGUACAAGAGCAAGAAGAAGGCAUUCACCAAGUCUUCCAAGAAGUGGCAGGAUGAUUUGGGCAAGAAGAGCAUUGAGCGCGACUUGAAAAAGAUCAUCAAGUAUUGCAAAGUCGUGCGCAUCAUUGCCCACACUCAGAUGAAACUGUUGAAACAACGCACGAAGAAAGCCCACAUCAUGGAAAUUCAGCUGAACGGUGGUACUAUCGAGGACAAAGUCAAAUGGGCCCGUGAACACCUUGAGAAACCCAUCCCUGUUGCACAGGUCUUCGCUCAGGAUGAGAUGAUUGACUGCAUUGGUGUCACCAAGGGACACGGUUACAAGGGUGUGACUUCUCGUUGGCACACGAAGAAAUUGCCGCGCAAGACGCACAAGGGUCUGCGCAAGGUUGCUUGUAUUGGUGCCUGGCAUCCGUCUCGCGUAUCCUUCACCGUCGCUCGCGCUGGUCAGAAGGGUUACCAUCAUCGUACCGAAAUGAACAAGAAGAUCUACCGCAUUGGUGCUGGUAUCCACACCAAGGAUGGCAAGGUCAUCAAGAAUAAUGCAUCCACUGAGUACGAUUUAACCGAGAAGACAAUCACCCCAAUGGGGUUUCCACAUUACGGUGAGGUCAACAAUGAUUUCAUCAUGAUCAAGGGUUGCUGCAUUGGACCCAAGAAGCGUGUCAUCACCUUGAGGAAGUCGCUGUUGGUGCACACCAAGCGUGUCGCUCUCGAGAAGAUCAACCUUAAAUUCAUCGAUACUUCAUCCAAGUUCGGUCAUGGUCGUUUCCAGACCGCUGCGGACAAGACUGCGUUCAUGGGCUUGCUCAAGAAGGAUCGCAAGGAGGAAGACAAGACCGCCGCUGCAGCUUCGUCUUAAAACACUGUUUUCUAUUUGAUAUAGAAAUAAAAAUUCAAAACCGUGAAAUCAAA